UAGCAGAUUAUGACACAGUUUUGUAUUUAAGCUGACGCUUACAUUGUAUUUGACAGCAGUCGGCUUUCGAGUUAACUGAUCCAUCAACAUGAAUACCUUCAUCAUCUUGUCAUGCUUAGUCGCCGUCUCCCUAGCCAUGGGAGUCCCUCGUAGCCCCCUCGAGGCAGCAGCGGCCCGUCGUGCGCUCCCCGCGCUCCAGCACGAGGAAAUCCACGACGAAUUCGGGCAGUACGCGCUCCGUUACGUCACGGCCGAGGGCACCGUGGUGUCCGAGCGAGGUCGCCUGAUCCCUUCCCCCAGUGGCGGACAUGUCCUCGUCACCGAGGGAGAGACCUCGUACAUCGGCGACGACGGCAAGACCCACAUCACCAAAUACAGCGCUGGUCUUGAUGGAUACAAAGUUGAGGAGUUGACCGCUUGAUUUUGCUUUUCAAAUUCAGAGCCAUCUAAAUCACAAACUUAUAGUUUACGGUUUUGGACUAUGAAAUGUAGGCUGGUACAGUGAAUAAAUGUGUACAGUUCCCAAAUGUA